AUGGCUGCUUUAACAAACUCGCCGAGCGUGUGCUGGUCAAUCGAUACAAUCGUUGGACGGACCCUAUUGUCAAGCUAUGUUACUGCGGCAUGUGCAAAUCAAGUCAAACGUGAUAUUGAGGAGAGCGUGUUUCAGGCUAGGAUAAACUCGGCCCUCCAAGGGCUUGAUUAUCGAAAAAUACUUGGAAACUUGAAUAAUGAGGUGUAUGUCGAAAUUGGCCAAGAUCAUCAAAGAAGCCUACAUCAAGCAAUUGGUUUCUUGCAUCGCACUAAGCCUGAUGACGAAUACAAACAUAUGGUGGAUGAAUACCUCGUUUCGGAAGUGUUUGAUAUUAGUUCGCAAUAUGCCGAAAGCAACUCAUCUACUGGUCUUAACGAAUGUUCACCACCUCCAUACAGCACUGCUAGAGAGGCCGAGCCACAAGAUCCCGAAAGGCAAAGCCCAAGUCGCUCAGAUAUUGAAAUCUGGAGAUACACCUCACGCUUGUGGGAAGAGGGAACGUCCUCGGGCCAGGUUCCAGCGGUAACCGACGAGUUGCUGCGUAGAUUUCCACCGCUAUACAAAGUUACUGUGGAUUUCAAGGGAUUGGAAGGCGAAGGCCAAGCUCCAAAUAAGAAACAAGCCAAACAUAUUGCCUCAAAGGAUAUCUGCCAAAAACUGGGAAUUAUACUGUGA